AAAACCACUCUUGAACAUUAGAAAACAAAAAGUACACUGCAUUAGUCUAGCAUCAACCUAUAUAUGUAUAUAUCCCUCAUUUAUUUAUUUAUUUAUUAAACCUAAAAUAUUUAUCGUUCAUGAAUCGUCUAUACCUUACAGCCCCACGGUGAUUAAUGAUUGCAAAUUUAAAAUUAUGUUGCCGACUUUAUAUGCAGGAAAUAAUAACCCAAAGGUUAAAUGAGCAUCAUAAAUUGAUGGGGUGACGAAAUAUAUAUUACAGAUUUAUUCAUAUCGUUCAACAACAUUGAUUUAAACAAUUCCAUUCCUUACUUUUCCCAUUCAUUGUGAAUAGAGUAUACAUCACCAACUACAGAGACACUUUUGUAUUAUAAUUAUCUUACACUAUUACUAUGACUAGUUCAAAUAAAUUUGUGGAGUUGAUAACUCCCAAAGAUCUUGAUAUUGUAUCAGAUGUUAAAUUCAGUCCUUCCCCAUUAAAUCAACAAUUAUUAGUAUCAUCGUGGGAUAAUCAAAUCUUAUUAUAUGAUUGUUCAACUAUACUGCUGAACGCUAAUAAUCCACCUCAAAUAUCUCCCACCAACGUUUUUAAACUUUAUGAUACUCCAUUAUCCGUCACUUACAAAUCCGAUAACUUGGCAUAUGUGGGGUUAUUAGAUGGUAGUAUACGACAACUUGAUUUCACUACUUUAGGAGUAAGUGAUGUGAAUCUUGGAGGUUCCUUAAAUGAAUCAAUGAUAGGUGGAGGGAUAAAUAAUUUAAUUCUGAUCAAGAAUGAUCCUAAUUUAUUAUGUGCAAGUUCAUUUAAUGGGAAAUUACAAUUAAUCGAUACCAGAACUAAUCAAUCAAGUUAUAUUGCAAAUGAAAUCCAUCACCAAGGUGGAUCCCCCUCAUUAAAACGAAAAAUAUUCAAUAUGGAUUCAAGUUCACAAUAUUUAACUUUAGCAUUAAAUGGGAAUAAUAUUGAAAUUUAUGAUUUAAAGAAUUUAAAAACUCCUUUUGAAACAAGACAAGUGGGGUUGAAUUAUCAAAUUCGAGAUUUGAAAUGUUUCCCAAAUGAUGAAGGAUUUGCCUUAUCUACCAUUGAUGGUAGAGUUCUGAUUGAAUAUUUCGAUUCAUCACCUGAAGUCCAAGCUACGAAAAGAUUCACUUAUAAAUGUCAUCGUUCAUAUGAUAAGUUAACUGAUACUGAUGUGGUUUAUCCUGUGAAUACAAUUGGAUUCACCAAUUAUGGUACGUUGUUUACUGGUGGUGCAGAUGGAGCUCUUUGUUUAUGGGAUUUAGAAAAGAGAAAGAGAAUGAGAGCAUAUCCUAAAUUUGUGAGUGAAGAUGAAGAAGAAGUCCCAGAGAGUAUAUCCAAGAUUGAUUUAUCGAACAACAGUGAUGAAAAUGAUCAACAAUUGAUAGCUGUAGCUACCAGUGAUGAUACUUAUAAACGGAGAAGAAGAUUAUCCGAAAGUGAAGGUCAAAGAGUUCCAAGUAGAGUAUAUGUUAGAGUACUUAGUGAUGGAGAAUGUGCUCCAAAGGCAUAAACUUUCAAACACAAUUGAAAAACUAAGACAUAUAUGCCAAGUAAAUUUACCUUAUCUAAAGAUAUGUACCAAUAGUAGUUAUCCCAAUAAUCACUUAUAUCAGUACAAAUAAACCCCUCUAUAUAAACUGUUAGUUAUUGUGGUAUAGAUGUUUCUAUUAUUUAAACCAUUUCGGUAACUCCGAGAAA